CCGAAAGUGAAGGCCAGAGUUUCCCCGGAGCCGCCGCGUCCCCUCACUCGGAACUGCCCCCCAGGUGUUUGUAGCUCCGCCCCAUAUUUGAGAUGGUCAUGACCACCAGAGCGCAGGCCAAGGGAGCCACGGAGGAGAAGUUAAACAGCAUGGAGUCCAGAACCAUGGCACUCAGAGAAGACACUUACAGUUGCCUCUAUCAUAUCCAGAGUGACCUCAACAAUGUGCUUAUUCGCAAAUAUAACUGCGAGAUGGAACUGAAAGGGCCGAGACUUGCGGCGCCCCCGUCUGGGGCAGAAGAGUUGGUCUAUGAGAAGAAGCUGCCCGGAGGCCUCCGCCUGAGCGUCUGGAAGGGCAACCUCACCAGGCAAGGUGUAGACGCGGUGGUCAAUGCGGCUAAUGAGGAUCUCAUGCAUAUUGGGGGCUUGGCCCUCGCUUUGGCGAAAGCCGGGGGGGCAGUUAUACAAGACGAGAGCAGGAAUCACAUAGCAAAACACGGGAAAGUGAAAGCGGGAUCCAUCGCUGUGACAUCAGCAGGAAAUCUGCCCUGUAAGGUGCUAAUUCACGCCGUGGGGCCGGAGUGGACUCAGGGUAGGAGUGCGCAGUGUGAGUUGGAGUUGGAGCGAGUGAUCAGGAGCAUCCUUGGGUAUGUGAGGGGGGACAGCAGUAUCCGCACCGUGGCCAUUCCGGCCAUCAGCUCCGGCAUAUUCGGCUUUCCCUUGCAGCGCUGCGCAGAGAUCAUCGCCGGCACCACCAAGAAGUUCUGCGACGCAGAGUCGUAUCACAAAAUGGCAGAGAUCAGGUUUGUCAACAUCGAUACCCCAACGGUCACCGCAAUGAAGGCGGCCUGCGAGGGUGCGUUUGGAAUGAGCGAUCAGAUAGACAAACUGCAGGGCUCUGCGCCAGAUUCAUCCCAGAGACUCUCUGCCAAUCAGAGUCCAUCCUACUCCCACAAUGCAACAGGCUCAGGUCUUUCCUAUGCAGCAGUAACGGCCCAUUCCAGUCCUUCCUAUCCAGGUGCCGCUUCCUACUCUGGAUCAUCAGGUUCUGCCAACCUAAGGGCGCACUCCUCAGGCUCCCAACCCGCAUUUACCAUCUAUGGGCUGAACCUUUACUUGAUGAAAGGCUGCAUUGAGGAUCAGAAAACCUGCGUCAUCGUGAAUU